GCUCUUCUAUAGCCCCUCUCUUGCUGGCCCCUUGAAGUUUAUAAAGCAAUGCAUUUAUAAAGAUGGUGAGGAAUCAUACAAAGAAAGUAUUUCACAUCACAGCAGUUCCAGGGAUUUGAGGAUUCUGCAGUCCUUAAAGGCUCCGUACAGAGUUUGGAUGAUUGAAUUAUAUGAUUUUAACUAUAUUACCUUAGAAUUGAACUAAAUUGAUGUAAUUAUGGAAGUCUAAUGUGUAAGUGCUUGUAUUACUAACACUUAUUUACUUACACAGGUAUUAAGCCACUGUUCCCAGUAUAACUGUUUCCCCUUACUUCAGUUUUUAUACACAAGUAUAGUCUUAUCUUUUCCUAAAGCAGUUCAGUUGAUAGAAAAGCUCCAGGUAGCUAAUACCCGAGUAAUGGAACAAUGGGGAUACUCAGACCUUUUAAUACCGGUAAAGACUUCUCAGAGAUGCAAUUUCCUGCGUCCUCUCCUCAGCUCUCUGUGGGACACCCAGUUAAUCUGGGCUUUGUCAGUUUCCCAAACCCCGUUUUUCUUCUUUUAAAACGAUGAUCAGAAUGAGCUGAAAGCGAGCAGGCUUUCCCUCACUAUGAAGGCCAUGGUUGCCCCAGCUGUGGCUGAAUUACAUCUAUUCAUCAUUACAGGGCAAGGCAAGCCUUGCCAUCAGCCCUCCCUCCCCCAGCUGAUCCCAAUUUCCGUAUCAAUUAGCAACCAUUAACUCCCCAGAUAAGAUAAAGGCGGGACAGGACAAUAGGCAGGCCUAACCUUUCUAGGGCUAUGAUUAUGGAGAGCUUUGUCUGUUCCCCCUUCAGCACGUACCAGGGCUUCAGGGGCAGCCCCGCGCCCGGCCGCGGCCAGGACCCGUCGGCUAAGCAGCCCAGCUGGAAGCAGAGCAAGAGCGGCGGCAUCAGCCCGUUCCUCGGGGGGCCCCUCACGCCGCUGCCCUCCGAGUACCUGGACAGCUACCGGCGGGCGCAGCUGCAGGCGCUGCUCUCGCAGGUGAGCCCCGGGCUGGCGCCGCUGCCGCGCCGGGCCAGCACGAAGGAGGCUGCGGUGCAGGUGAGCCUGCGGGCCGACAAGGCCGUGCAGUGCUCGCUGGGGCCACGCACGCUGCCGCCCGCCCGCGCCUUCGGUUCCGCCGCCCUGCGCGCCCCGGGGCGCCUCGCCGUCUACUCGCCCGCGCCCGACCGCCGCCCCUUCGCGUUGCCCGAGGCCAAGGCGUCCCCGAAGAAGGCAGCGCCGUCGCUAGCGCCGGCCCAGGAGACACCCACGGCGGCGGACAGCAGAGAGAAGCAGGAGAAGGGCUCGGCGGGGCCUGCGCUGGGGACGCGGCGGAAGGAGAACGCGGCUCCUGGACAGCAAGCGACUUUCCAGUUCUUGGAGCAGAAGUAUGGCUAUUUCCACUGCAAAGACUGCAAGACCAGAUGGGAGAGUGCUUAUGUGUGGUGCAUUUCUGGAAGCAACAAGGUGUACUUCAAGCAGCUGUGUCGAAAAUGCCAAAAGGGUUUCAAUCCCUAUCGAGUGGAAGCAAUCCAGUGCCAGAUCUGUUCAAGGACUCGUUGCUCCUGCCCUCAGAAGAAAAGACACAUUGAUCUCAAGAGACCACAUCGCCAAGAACUUUGUGGCCGCUGCAAAGGGAAGAGGCUAUCCUGUGAUAACACUUACAGCUUCAAAUACAUUCUCUGAUCUGUGUACCCUCUUCUGUUUUGUGCUUUGCACUUUGUCAGUCUUUUGCAGUGUUUUGACUUAAGGCUUUUGACCUGGCAUUGGAUAAUGGACAAAGACAUUUGUAUUAUUUAUAAAGUAUGUAACUUCACUGUAUAUAUGCUGUAAAUAAAGUUGAAGAAAAGUUUGCACUAGUUUGAUAGCCCUUAGUUUCAUCUUGCUUAGAUGAAAGAGGAAAAUAUAUC